AGAAAAAAGAGAGAGGGAUCAUGACGAAGGAGGCUACGCCUCACACUUCCCCUCCCUUCCCUGUCUGCAGCGCCAGACAGCAUUGCACCGGCUGCUGUGUAGGCUGAAUGGAGGCUCAGGCAGACUCCAGUGCUGCAGAGCUCAACAGACAGAAAGACUUUCAGAAACUUCUCAAGUCAUCCAGCUCUGCCAGUCUCACUACUGAUGUGUCUCACAAUGCUGCAGGAGAGCACGUCGGGACCCCAGGGCACCACUGCAGCCAGGUCCUGACCGCAGAGAGACGGCAACCACUGAGCAGUGUGUCGUCUCUAGAGGUUCACUUCGAUCUGCUGGACCUGACAGAGCUGACUGACAUGUCUGAUCAAGAGCUUGGAGAAGUGUUUGCUGAUUCAGAUGAAGAGAAUCACAACGAAUUGCCAGCAAAUCAUCAGCCACCAUUGCCUCGUUUCCCUCAUGGCGGUUACGUCCGAUCGCCCUCCUGGACCCGUGGGUGCAAAGGAGAGCAGCAACCCAGAGACAGGAAGCAUCACAGCGACUCAGAGAACACUGAGCCUUUGCUAAAGAUUGAGCGUUCCCAAUCGCAGCAGCCCUGAGCCACGGUCAGCUACGUGGGCUCGGAGAGGACACACCGUCCUUGUCUGGAGGAUGAAGGUUUCUUCCCAAGGAAGCGAUGAGGGAUCUCUGAAAGGACACAGAGACCCCUGCUCAAGAUACAGCGAUCAUUCUGCCUAUACGAGGCAAACUGAGCCAAUAGACAACAUCGAAUGGUGAUAGAAGAGUGGGUUCUUCAGGAAAUGCAAAAUUUCUCCUCUAACCAGCAUUCCAUGGGAAGUGUAUCAGCGAUACAGUUUUCAACAUAGCUACAGUAUGUGACGAACUGGCAGCAUGACCUCAUGAAGUUUUCUGGCACAUUCUGUGUCUUCAAAGAUCAUAUUAAUGGAGAUGAACUGAUCUAAGGGGCUGUCAGGGAGUGAUAUAUUAAUGAGUGAAGAAAUUCAUCAACAGCAAAUUUGUUCUACAAGUAGGACAACCCCCCCCCCCCACCUGCAUUAACAUAGACAAGCUCCUGAAAGAAUGAGAGAAAAUUAGGAAGAGUAACCAGGCUUUAUGAAUAAACAUCAAAGCAAUUAUAUUUUUCAUCCAAAUAUUCCCACUUAUACUCCUCUAAGUGUUUUGAGUUCUAAUUUCGAAUUUAAAGAUUAAAUGAACAACACGCCAUUCGAUCGUGUGAAACUUUUUCACACGGGAAUUUAUAAAACAGUCCGACGGCUACGGCUUAUUACAGGGUUAAACGUUACGCAUGUUCUAAACAGGGUAUGACAUUGUACGUGAAGAAACGAUGACAGGAAAACAGUCAAACCAACUUAAUUGAAUAAAAUGUGGAGAAA